GUAUUCGAAGGAAUUCAUCCAGGAAUUAAAACAGCUUUAUAUGCAGAUGAUGGAGCAAUGUGGAAGAGAGGAAGAAACGUGAAAUAUACAUGGAUGCAUUCAUGGAUGCAUUAUAUAUGGAGCUGCAUCAGAUUUGGCAUAAUUUGCAUAAUCCCGUACCAUGUUUCCCUAUAAUAUAAAGUGUAGAAUUGAGUUUAGUAUGUCCCAUCCUAAGUCUAACCUGAUCCUCUUAAAUUUUGUGUCAUAUUACUUUGUCUUACGGUUUUAUGUACAUUAUAUAAAUGCCUUCUCGUUUUACACUCAUUUCAAUGCAUUUUCCAUUUCUGGUUACAAGCUUCUUUAAUAAUACUUUUCCCUUCCUUCCCACUUAAUGCAACAGGGGAAGUUCAGUUUAAGUGACUCUUUAGCCAUUCUACCCGAUCUUUCAUUUCUUGGUAUAUCUGCGUGAGCUGGUACCCAAACAAAUUUAAUUAUUAUUCCAAUUUGUCUUAAUCUAUACAAAAUAUUCAAUAUUUCUACAUAAAUAUCAUAUCUAACUGUUUGAUAAGUUAGUAUGCUUAUAAGUGAUGCCAUAGAAUCUGAACAAAUCACAACUUUGUUUGGCAUCACCUCUUCCACCCAACUAGUGCCAUCUGAAUUGCCACCAGUUCAGGAGUAUAUACUGAUGUCCCAUCAGUUAAUCUCCCAUAUUUUCCUAUUUUUCCCUUGUAAACUGAUCCGGUAAGCAACAACAAAAUUUUGGCGUCUUAAUUCUAAUGGGACUCUCCUGUUUCCACUUGCAUUGCUGAGAUUGGAGUUGUUUUAAUUGCUCCUGUAAUACAUCAACACUCGCGCCUGAAUUACGUCUAACCUUUUAAGCAUACUAUAAAGGAAACAGUUGAACGUGUGCUGUUUUUCUGCCCCAAGUAUGAUCUGGAAAGGAAUUAGUUUAUAAGAAAGCUACAGGGAAUAGGUUGCAAAUUAUUUACAAUCAAUAGCCUAUUAAACAUAAAACUUGGAUCAGGGAAAACUGUAGUAGGUUAGUUUUAGAAUUCAUUAAGCAUAGCUGUCUAAGAAAAAAAUAUAUAGACAUCUUUUAACAUACUUCUAGACUGAAAUCACUUCACACUCCAGCACAUGUGGUGGCGGUAUGCUCCAUAAAAUUGGUAUGCGACCCGCCAAUAAAUCCAAAGAAGAAGAAAAAGAACAAAAAGAAGAAGAACUAGGAACCGGGGAAUGUGACGUCACCAGGAAACGUUUUCAAAACAACAGCAGUAGCCAAAGAUAUAUAAUCUAAAGCUACAGUGUGCGGUGACCGUGUAAUUUAACUGUAAACUACAAAACAUGUCCGAAAAUAAAAGCUCACAUCAGUGGUCUUCAGAGGAAACCAGUGUGCUGCUCGCGAUAUGGUCUUCCACAGAGAUCCAGGACAAACUGAAGAGCUCGAAAAGGAAGAUAACAGUUUACGAUGAGAUAAGCAAAGAAAUGCUGAACGGUGGCUUCAGUCGCUCGACCGACCAAAUUAUCAACAAGUUAAAAAAGCUUAAAAUGGAGUACAGGGACCUGAAAAGGAAACCAAGUAAAAGUGGACAGAUUAAUAAAACAUUCGACCACGAUGUUAUGGAGUCUGUGCUAGGACACCUAACGUUUCCACCCAGUCAGCUGACCGAGGCCUUGGAUUCAGCGACAGCCACGCUCGAGACCAACACGGACUCUGCGGUGUCUGUAGCUGAGCUAGGCAGCAAAAGAGCGGAGCACAAAAACACAUAUCACUGGUCUUCAAAGGAAACCAGUGCACUGCUUGCUAUAUGGUCUUCCACAGACAUCCAGGAGAGAUUGGGGAGCUCAAAAAGAAAGAAAAGAGUGUAUGAGGAUAUUUACCAAGAGAUGGUAAAAGCUGGGUUUGAUCGCACAACCGACCAAAUCAUAAACAAACUGAAAAAACUAAGAAAGAGGUUCAGUGACAAAAACAAGGAGAAGAGUAAAAGCGGCAGCCAAUGGAGCAAUAAAACAACUAACUAUGAUGUUAUGGGCACUGUGCUGGAACGCCUGCCAGGGAAUCAAUUUACUGAAGUAUUCAAUUCAGCAACAGCCAUGCUUGAGACAAAUGUAGAAUCGCUGUCUUCUGCAGCUGAUCUUGACUCUUCAGCGGAGGAGGUGCUGGACCAAGCUGAAACAUUCUUCAGCCCUUCUCAAUCCCAACCUAGAAAGUCUCUGCGAACAACCAGAAUAAAGAAGAGAGAUUCAAACCAGGAGCUGCUGGAAUACUUGAAAACUGCUGAUGAACGGUUUAUGGCGCACGCCAAAGAACUUAAUACUGCAACUCUUAAUAAAAUGGAUGAAGCCACAAAUUCUAUGCUGGGACUAUUGGGACGCAUGGUAGCGCUAAUGGAGGAACAGCAGGGAAUCAAGCCAUGAACACAGGAUUCCUUUAGUGCAUUUUAUUCUCAUUCGCGUGCUUCUUACAUUUCAAAGUCAAAGCAAAACCAAAACUGAUCCUUAAGUUACUUUCUUUAUAUAGAGACCAUGACCAGCUUCACAUGGAAAUGAUGUAGCAAACACAGAUGUGUUUGACAGGAGUGAAGGUAAAGGCUUCUAACUUCUAGCUACAUCACUUUAACCGUAAAUAAGCUGUGUUCUUGUGUUUACUGUAUUUGAUUUAAAUUUGUGUGGGGUGAAAUUUCAGUGAUUUAUGGGAAACUAUUAGGACACCGUUGAAGCUGACUUCAAACUCCCUUCAUGACUUUGAUUAAAAGACCACAGAUGAAAGAUGCCGAUGUCAACGAGACAUCAUGCACCAUAAAGCACCCAACAGAUUUCACAGUCAUACCUAAUACCUACAUUCUAGCUGACACAGCCUGAACAAUAACUGUAGUUCUGGUUGAGUCAGUUCCCUCUUUCCUUUUUCCCUUCCUAAAAUGUGUGCUGAUGGCCAAAAACGAGGAUUUUCCCCUUCUCUACAUAAAAACAGCAUCAACACACAGGAUUUUGCAUAAUGGAAUUUCCUUUGCUGUUAACUAUAAACAGUUGUUACAUUUGUCUACUUUUUGUGAGUCCACGGUGUGUUCACUUCUCACUGCUGUGUGUGUGUGUGUGUGUGUGUGUACUUGAAUGGGUUAAAUGAAGAGCACCAAUUCCAGGUAUGGGUUACCAUACUUUGCAAAUGUCACGACUUUCACUUUCUACUAAGUUUUUGUAAAAAAAUAAAAUAAUAAUAAUUAUAUAAUUUCACAAAAAUUGUUGACACACACAAGUAUUCCCCCUUUACUUAACAUACACACAAAUUGUAGGAAUAUGAAUAAUACCGAUGAAUAAACAGCCUAUGCAAUUAAAUAGCAGUCCCAAAGUAGUUUACAGUUUGUUAGCUAGCAGUUAACUAACACGAAACUAAUUUCAGGCAAAAGCUCAUUAAAGCGCUUAUUACAACGUGUGAUCAUAAUGAUUAGAGAAAAUGUGAAAUAAGAAAUAUUUGGAAAUAUCCCACCCCCAGGUGUUUGCUUGCGUUGUUUAGACGUGCGUGUUACAGUUCGUGCUGGAUCGUGCUUUCUACAGUUUAACUAUAACGUAGCAGCUAAUUAUUUUAAAGGACACCGAAGUAAUUUACCAGUUUUCUUUUCUAAAACUGUUGGUUUUUCAGGACGCGUGGGAAACCUGCACAUCCUUAUAGCAUGAAAACAAAAUUAACUGACUUGUUGUCUUGAGCGUCUAUGACACCGUCUUUAGACGGAAUAAAGAAUUUGAAUAAAAUUACCCUGGAUGUUAAAAUCAUGGUUAGAAUACGUUCUCACAGCUAGUAGACAGACCUGUAAACAACGACUGUAGAGCGCCAUGUUUUUUGUGGGCGGUUACGUAGUCACGUGGCCGAUUACGUAACCCCUCUCUCAAAUUAUUACAAACUCUGAUCUUUGAAUUCCUCUUGCUUUGCAAUGUUAAGAAGAUUACUAAAUAAAAUUCCUCUUUGUGUAAAACCUAACCCUGAUAUCUGUUUGUUGAUGAUAUGUAAAAACUACUUGGGCAAAUCACAUUCAAUACAAAACCAGUACUGCAAUACGUGUUGAAAACCAAAUAUUCGAAUUAUAUUCUAUAAAUGCAUGUCCUGUUUAUACACAAAGAGAGGCCAUUGGGGUUUGGCAAGUUUUUUUUGUUUUGAUUUUGGUAGUAGCUCUGAUUGGUGUGCGUAGUUGCUUGAGUUAUGUAUUGCACUUUGUGCAAAUCACCAGUAGAGGACGGCAACAUUCCACAUCUAAAGAAAAAACUAAAAUCUUUCAGUAGUCAGGGUUUACCUUGAUUGCUUAAAAAGAUAAUUUGUUCAUUAAAACAUACACAAAAUAAUAAUUUCAGCUCAAGUUCUGUCUUAGCAUUGUUGGAGGCAUGGCCAAAUUAUUUUAUUCAUAUCUUCUGUCAAACAGUGGCUAAAAAGUAGUUCACACCAACAAUUUAUGUCACUUAAUAAAAUUUAUAUUUUUAAAAAGGAUUCAGUUUUAUGUAAUUUUCAAUGUGUUUUCUAUUUUAACCUGCUUAUAUGGCCACCAAAACAAGUACAUGGAAGUAUGUGGAUCAAAAGCCCAUUUCAUUUUUAUAAAUCAUAUUUUUUAUACUAUGUUUAACAUUUGACAAACUAAUGGCGUGCUUUUGAGUCGUGGCUAUGUUUUUUGCUGACCAAUAGCAGAUGGGGAUGCGAAUGAGGAAACCUGUUUGAAACUGUUUAGAUUUCAAUUGUGAUGGCUAGUGUUGAAAUUACACAAUUGUUUCAUCUUAGACCAUGUUUGAGAAUCUAUUGCUUUGUGUUUUAGGCCGGAGUGAACACAAGCUUUUAUACACAACUAUUUUACUGUUCAUGCCAUGGGACUAAAGGGUUGGUGUUGUUAAUUAAUAGAUGGUAAUUAUGGUUGUCUUUACAGUUUUGUUUAUUGAUGCAGUUUUAUAUUACAUUUACACUGUUUUAUCAUUUUCAUUUCAAGUCAUAAUUAUAUGUUGAUCAGUAUUCAUAUGGGACCUUAAAAUAUGAAAUCAUGAUUGUGAUUUAUUAUUAAAGUUAGUUUUAAGAU